AAUGUCUUCAGAGUGGCUAUAAUAAACACCUCCUCGGUGGUGGUGUGAUGGGAAUUUAACUCGAAGCUGCUGACCAAUGAGAUGCAGGCUGCUGCACAGCCUGCAUCUCAAAGAGACCAGCAGCAGCAGCAGCAUCAGUGUGAGGCUGUCUGUGAGUAGUAGCUUUAAGGGGGGAAUCUGGACACCCUCUCUGAAUCGAAAGAGACCCUCUGCCAGCAGGCCGUGCUUUCCGCUCCUCUCAAAUGUGCUUGUUAGCAAAUGGAAGCAGAGGUGCUGAACCCCCAGAGGAUGGCGGACGUCAACGGCAACACUAAAAUCGCCAACGCGGAGCUGGAGGUGCUGAAGCUCCAGGAGCUGGUCCGAAAAUUGGAGAAGCAGAAUGAACAAUUGCGGAGCAGAGCGAACGCUGUAAACAAUUGCUCCGUCGGCCCUCAUCUCCAGACCUCGUUGUCGUGUCUGCACGGGGCCACGGCGUGUCUGAGUGACAGUUUCUCCUGUAAAUAUGACGCUUCGAGUCCGACUCGCCCGUGUUUCUCGGCGCCACGGGCGCCGGCGGAGGAGCCGUUCGCGUAUUUUCAGCCGAGCUCCGCGUCUCCUGGUGCCGCCGUGGAGGACAGCAGCGCCGCCGGUGCCUCAACCGUGUUGGACGAGGUCGAUGUUUUGGACCUGAACGCCGUGCUCCCCAUCGGAGAGCCCGAUAGCUGGCUGUAUGUGAAUCCCAGAGCCAAGCCACCUAGUGAAAGCAUGCUCAGCCCUCUCCAGUGGUGCAGGCAGGUCCUGGACCACCCUGGGCCGGAGGUGGAGCUGGCCAAGAUGACGCUCUGUCACAGACUGGACCAAGCAAAGCGGUGGCGAGGAGUGUCCUCUGUCCGUCCAUACAGCUGCAUAGAGGGACUGUCCACCCUCAGCUGUCCCGUCCUGCCUUACGCUAAACCUGCUGCACUAACGGAGACCCCAGCCUCAGUGCCAUCGUCAGUCCAGCCCGUUGUCCAGCCGGCUCCCCCUCCCAGGGCCAGCUGCAGCCUCAACGACAGAGCGCCCACCUUCCUGUCAAACUCAUCUCUCCACAAUGUCGGUCGCCGCCACGCAGCCAUCACACCCCAGUCUUCACUGGACAGUGACAUAGGUGUGUCAGAGCUGGAGGAGGACUCCAUCUCCAUGAGCUACAAACUGCAGGACAUGACAGACGUGGAGGUCAUGGCACGACUCCAAGAGGAGAGCCUUCGCCAGGACUACGCCUCUACCUCAGCCACAGCCGGCCGUCGCAGCUCCAGUUUCUCCUUGCACUCCCUGAGGCGCUGUGAGUUGGACCUGGAGGAGGAGGACGAGGAGGACGAAGGCUACGACCAGCUGCCGCCUCCCCAGCCUCGACUCUUUCGCACGGGCUCUAUGCAGCGGGGCAGCAUGUCCCACUCUCACACUUUCUCCAGCUUCAGAGACUGCAGGCGCACCUCGGCCGGCCCGCAGUUUUCACUCAGCGGACUCUCUCAGCUGUCCGGACCCUCCAGCCUGAUCGCAGACACACACGCAGCCUACAGGAGCGGCACAGACAAGCUACGGAGAAGCAUGCCCAACCUGAUCCGAGCUCCCAGCAUGCCCAGUGUUCCCAGUAUUCCGUGCCUGGCCUCCCCUGUCAACCCACCCUCCAAUGGCCCCUCCUCUUUACCACCAAUGGCCUCCCUCCGGAGCAGCCAGAGCUUUGACUCGUCCAGUGGGCUCCUUCGACUCCAGUCCUCCAUCCCUUCCCCGGGCCAGCUCACCCAGCGAGUCCAGAGCAUUGGAAACUUCUCCAGCACUCCACGACAGCAGCUGAAAGCCACAGCCUAUGUCAGUCCCACGGUGCAGCAGGGUCCCACCUCCACCUCCCUGUCCACCUCCGCCAGUUUGAGCUGCAUCCUGAGCAGCACGGCACUUCCUCAGCCCCUGAAAGCCAGCGGAAGUUUGCUGCCGCACGCCCUGAAGACCGGCAUCAACCAGUCGGCCGCCCCGCGCAGCUCGCUUCCUCGUCCGGCUUCCUUAGUGGGGGCGAGCGGACUUCCACGUGCGAGUAAAAUCAUGCAGCCCACGCGCAGUUUGCUCGCUCCUCCAAAGAGCCUGGCUGCUCUGAGCGCCCUGAGGGACGGCAGCUGGAAAGACGGCUGCUACUGAACCCAAACGGACUGAACUGAGGUGAAGUCUGAGGGCUGCACAGGGCUACUCUGCAUGGGAGCAAAGUGCUGUUCUAAAAAUGAUGCUGCCAAGACCUCCCAGAGAAAGUGACUGUUAACGUGAACACAAAGACUGAGAAAAGUGUGGAUCCAGCAGGCUGGAUCUAAACUACCUGCUUAAACACUGAUGACACAAUGAUAACAACAGGCAAUACUCUGAUAAUAAGACGCUAAAUGUGAAAGAAGAAAUUCUCUUUUAUGUUGAUUUUUUUCUUUUUUGAAUUUUCUUUGUUGAUGAUUAUUACUUUUAUUCGUUAGAAUGGAAAUUUCUCUCAAGCCUAACGCUUCCGUACAUGCUUUGAAUGCUUUCAAUGGUUUUCUGUGGUUGAUUUUCCGAGUAAUGUUAUUUUAUUUUUCAUUCCGUGGUAAGAUAUAGAAGAAGACUCUCAAACUGGAAUGAAGUUACUUCCUGUUAAACAGUGUUGUGUUUCUUGAUAGUUCUGUUUUAUGGCUGGACCUUACAGCACUUUAGAUGGGAAUUAUGAUUCACCUGUAAAAGUAAAUCAUCUGUUUUUUUUUUUUUUUUUGAUCAAAUAUGAUAUUAUGAUAUAAUUUGUGUCGGAGCACACAUUUCAUAUUGAGGCUACUUUCUUUCAUUUUCUGUAAUUACAUGAAAUCUUUACAGUUGUUUCAUAAAUUUAAUUGUUGCAGUAAUAUUGCACAUGCUUUUUAUGGAUCACAAGGGAAAAAAAGAGGGGCUUAAUUUUUAAAAUGAAUAAAUCAUUUCAAAGCA